AUGAGUGCACCAAUGGCUCGCAGGGAUUACUUUUCUAUGGGAUCGCGCUGCUGCAUCGCAUGCGGGCAAUGGAUCCCGUCUGAACACGAUAUGCCUCGGAGUGGAAGUGCUGCAGCUGGAGGUUUGCAGUGUCGGCGAUGCAACGUUGUGCAGCCGGAGCGCCCCAUGCCUGAUUUUGAAAAAGCUUCGGAGGUAACAACAGCAGCCCUCCUUUUUACAAAGGCAGAAAUCGACGCUGCAUGGAAAAGUGUGAAGCAUUCCCUUGAGGAGGCGAGGAGGGAAGAUGUUGGUGUUGCCCAGACGGACAAUCGUGUUGAGGAGGAGGCGUUCUGCGAGAAAUGUGGUGUGCCACGCAAGUGUAAGGUGUUUGCGCGGCAAAUACGUAGUGCCGAUGAGGGUCAAACAGUCUUCUACCAAUGCACCUCGUGUGACUCGGAGUGGCAGCUCAACUCAUAA